AUGCGAUGCGAUAGAGAAGUUGGCGAUAAGAAUACGAGUAUGAAAACGAACGAUGGGAGAGAGCCUAUCUUGGUUGUGGACGACCUGUGGUUCCUCCUUGUAUUCCGCGAGGCCGGAGAUGCGCAAACCGAGUGGUGGAUGGGAAUUAAUCGGGCGCCUAGGCUUUGCGAAAUCGGCAUCCACUCAGUGGCGGGAUGGGAAAAGGGGGCAUUGCAGCUGGCCGACGCAGGCCGUCAAGUGGUAAUCGGGACUAUGGAAGCCAUGGCGGGCAAGGGACGCGGUGCCGGGGGCCCGUCCAAUGACGUCGAUCACUCGUCAUACAAAAAAGAAGUCGAAAACUGCUCACCGUAUCACCCAAUGGACGCGAUAUCAACCUUCAGCUUCGGAAACCUGGGCUGGCUCGCGACCCAGGCCGUCCCGCUCAUCAUAUGGCCGCGCUUCAUCACCAACCUCCUCCGCCCCGAUGACUACCAGUACGCCGCAGGCUCUCUAGAAGACUACUUCGCCCGUUCCCUAGGCUUCGCCCUCCUGACCCUAGGCCUCCUCGUCGUGACCCUCUCAGGAGCAGUGCCCCUCGCAUCAGAGGACCUAAUCUAUUCCCGGUUCACGCAACUAACCUCCCAAACAGCACCCGCAGGAACAGUCUCCCCCUACGCAAACGCAGCUCUCAUUCUCUCCUCCGUCCACCACGCCUCGGCCGGCUUCUACUGCUACAGCAGAUGGCUCCGAAUGGGGCAGACGGCCUUUGCCCUCGGCUGCCUCGGCAGCGCCAUCUUCGCCGUCUCGGGGCUGUGGUGCCUCAUGUUCGCCGGGGACAAGUCGCGACGCAGCAAGAAGCACGGUUACGACAAGGACACGAGCUCGUUCCCCUUUAAGAAUACCGAGUCGUAUAGAUCCAAGAAGAAGGAAUGGUGGCAAAUUAGCAAUAAUGCUUUUCCUUGA